AAAAUUUGAUUUGUUCGGUUCAGACACAGCAGGAAGCACAAAGAAAAAUGUCGAGAUAAUCAUUACUGAACAAGCUGGUGCUUUGAUGGCUGAAUGACAGGAGAAAAACAGUCCACAGUACGGCAUAAAGAAUCAAGGGAGUGCUGAGGUGAUGAUUCUAAACAAGGAAGUAACUGAAACUGUUCUGAAAGCUCAAGUACACUAGAUUUGAAUUCGCAUGUAUUAACUUCCCAGAAAAUGAGGAUCGCAGAUGAUGACCAGGUUUCUCUUCAUUUGGAGCACUUCAGUAUCUAAGGAGUUGCAAAAUGCUGUGAUACGCGGUGUAGUGGUCCUGCUGGUCAUUGGCCUGACAUUGUUCCUUGCAAAUAAACUGAUGGAUUCUUCAGAAAAACAGAAUAAUUCAGAACAUUUAACAGAGCCAAAAGUUAAGCCCCCGUGUGGAAUGGAAACACGUUGCACUGCAAACCAUUUCCCAUUUAAAAUCAUUAGUGGGGCAGCUAAUGUUGUUGGACCCCACAUUUGUAUCAAUGAUAAACCAAUCAUGAACAAUAUAAAGAAUAACAUUGGAAAGGGAUUAAAUAUUGCUUUAGUUAAUGCUUCAUCUGGUGAUCUAAUAGCAACUGACUUUUUUGACAUGUGGACUGGAAAUAUCAAGUUGCUGGUGGAUUUCUUACAUAAGGUUAAACCUGGGACUAUUGUUCUACUUGCUUCUUUUGAUGAACCGGCAACAAAGUUUACUGAUGAAGCAAGAACACUUUUUAGUGAGCUAGGAAGUUCCUUAGUUCAUGAUGUGAAGUUUCGGGACAAUUGGAUUUUUGUUGGAGCAAAACCAAUUAAGGAGAAAAGUCCAUUUGAACAGAUCCUGAAGAAUGAGAAAUCAAAGAACAAAUACGGACAAUGGCCUGAAGCAAUCGAAAUGGAGGGUUGCAUACCAAGAAAGAUGGAUUAACUGCAAUUUAUAAAAUUGUAUUUUGACAUUUCUUUAAAACAUUAUAUUGGUUCUUUAUUCCCCAAAUCAAUAAUGAUCAAUUUACUAUUUUUACCCUCUUCAAAUUUAUUAUUGUUGCCCAGUAAAGCUUCAAUUUCCAUUUAUCUUACCAGGUAAGGUAUACAUAUUUGAAGGCUGUUGCAGCACAGUGGUAGUGUCCCUACCUAUGGGUCAGGAUGCCUGGGUUCAUGUUCCACCUACUCCGAAGUUGUAUAAUACCAUCUGUUAGCAGGUUCAUUAGAAAGUCAGAAAUGAACCUACUGGUAAUUAAAUUACAAUU